UCAUCUUCAGAGCUCUACUUUAGUUCAGAGCUCUUAGCAUUCCAAUCUCCUUUCGUUUCUACUUUUCCAUUUUUUUUUACAGACCUCCGAUUGCUCAACAAUGGCGUCACCGCCGGAUACCAGCAAAACCCUCAAGCUAGAACGCUACAACAGCUAUAUCAGGAAAGUCAACAGCACAAAACUCUUAAACGCCUCAUCUAAGCUUCUAUUCCGCGCUACUCUUCUCGUCGCUUUGAUUCUCGUCUUCAUUUUCACCAUCAAUUACCCAGACAGCGGCGGCGGAAACGGCGGAAACAACCUUCACACUCACCGGAAUUUCCUCUCCUCUGCCUUCUACGGCGGGAGUGACCACGGCGGUGCUGCCUGGGAGAAACAAGUCCGCCACUCCUCCACCCCUCAUCGUCCUAAUGGAAUGUCAGUGUUGGUCACCGGCGCCGCCGGUUUCGUCGGUUCUCAUUGCUCGAUGGCGUUGAAGAAACGAGGCGACGGCGUUUUGGGACUUGAUAAUUUCAAUAACUAUUACGAUCCGUCGUUGAAACGAGCACGGCAAUCUCUUCUUCUUAAGCAUCAGAUAUUCAUCGUUGAAGGCGAUUUGAAUGACGCGGCAUUGCUCGCUAAGCUUUUCGAUGUGGUCCCCUUCACGCACAUCCUCCACCUGGCAGCUCAAGCCGGAGUUCGUUACGCUAUGAAAAAUCCCCAAUCCUACAUCAGCUCCAACAUUGCCGGCUUCGUGAACCUUCUAGAAGUUGCCAAAGCCGCCGAUCCACAACCGGCGAUAGUUUGGGCGUCAUCCAGUUCCGUCUACGGUUUAAACACUGAAAAUCCGUUUUCAGAACUCCACCGAACCGACCAACCGGCGAGUCUCUACGCCGCCACGAAAAAAGCCGGCGAGGAAAUCGCUCAUACUUAUAAUCAUAUCUACGGCCUUUCACUCACCGGACUCCGAUUCUUCACCGUCUACGGCCCGUGGGGGAGGCCAGACAUGGCGUAUUUCUUUUUCACAAAGGAUAUCCUCCAAGGGAAACAAAUCGAUAUCUACAAAACUCACGACGCGAAGGAGGUGGCGCGUGACUUCACGUACAUCGACGAUAUCGUAAAAGGCUGCCUCGGAGCAUUAGACACGGCGGAGAAGUCCACCGGGAGUGGAGGAAAGAAGAAAGCUCCGGCGCAGUUGAGGAUUUAUAACCUUGGGAAUACGUCGCCAGUGCCGGUAGGGAAAUUGGUGUCGGUGCUUGAGAAUCUGUUGAAUACAAAGGCGAAAAAGCAUAUAAUUACUAUGCCACGAAACGGCGACGUUCCGUUUACUCAUGCGAAUGUUAGUUUAGCGUUUAAGGAUUUCGGGUACAAACCAUCCACGGAUCUACCCACGGGGCUCCGGAAGUUCGUGAAGUGGUACGUUGGGUAUUAUGGAAUUCAGUCGAGGGUAAAAAAGGAAAAUGAGAAAAAUAAUAAUCAGUCACCCGGGGAAUCCGCUUGAUUGGUUUUUUAUUUUUCUUAUUUCUUUUUUUUAUUCCGUCCGUCGUCACAUGGCCUUCGUCGACUUGUCGUCUCUUUUCCUCUUUUUCCUUUUUUUUUUGUUUACUUAUUUAUAAUUAUAAUUAUUAUUGCUAUCGUGGUUUCGGCUGUAGAGGAUCGAAGGAAUCCACAGCUGUUGUUCAUGUUGUAGAAAAAAAAUAGAUACAAUUUAUAUGAAAAAUAAUAUUCUGUAAUUUCAUACCAAAAGGGAAAUAGGAGAGAGAAAGUGGGAAGUGGAAAUGUUGAAGAGAGAGAGAGAUGGAUGAUGUAAUAAUUGGAAGGCGUGGGGUCCACUAGAAUGGUUGUGGAUCUCAGCCGUUGAUUUCAUGUGAUCAAAACUUAUUCAUUUUCCAUCCAUAUUA